CUGUGGGGAGGGGAUAGCUGUUCUGUGGCCGCUUAUAGUGCGGCUCUUCGCAAAUGAGCAGAAAGGAGGCUAGGGCUCCCCUCCGCGCAUUUGAGCGAGCGGUGAGCCUCCGCGCGAUCGGCCACCCAGCCCAGGGCAGGGAACGGGUGGCAGUCGGCUGAGCCCGCGGUACCUGCCUCUGUCGCCGCCUCUCCGGGCCCCGCUCUCUCCUCAGGGUCCCAUGAUGGCGGCGGCGUGGAUGGACCCGACGCGGGUGUCUGUGACCUUCGAUGAUGUGGCCGUGACUUUUACCCGGGAGGAGUGGGGGCAGCUGGACCCGGCUCAGAGGACCCUGUACCAGGAGGUGAUGCUGGAAAACUGCGGGCUCCUGGUGUCUCUGGGGUGUCCUGUUCCCAGACCUGAGCUGAUCUACCAGCUGGAGCAGGGGCAGGAGCUGUGGACGGUGAAGAAAGACCUCUCCCAAAGCACCUGUCCAGGUGACAAAGGAAAGCCCAAGACCACAGAACCUACCACUUGUGAGCCAGCCCUGGCUGAGGGAGUCUCACUCCAGAAACAACUAAUACAAAGAGUUUCAGAGGACUCCCAGUUGGGCCAAAUCAACGAUAAGGAACGGUCAUUGGAAAUGCAAGAAGGACACUUGAGACCAGAGAUAGAACCCCAGAAGGGGAAGCUCCCUGGGAAACCAAGCUCUGAAUAUGGCAGCUUAGGGACACCUGGUGGUGUGUGUUCAAGGAUUGUAGAGGAGCCGGUCCCUCCAGGAGGUGCUGUCCAUGACCAUGACUCAUGUGGAUCUGGUAAUGAUCUCAUGAUUCAGGAAGAGGAAAGUAUCUUUAAAUGCAACGAAUGUGGGAAAAUUUUUAAUAAGAAACGCCUCCUUGCCCGACAUGAGAGGAUUCACUCUGGCGUGAAGCCCUAUGAAUGCACAGAGUGUGGGAAAACCUUUAGUAAGAGCACUUAUCUCCUUCAACACCACAUGGUCCACACCGGGGAGAAGCCCUAUAAGUGCAUGGAGUGUGGCAAGGCCUUCAACCGCAAGUCACACCUUACACAACACCAGCGGAUUCACAGUGGAGAAAAGCCUUAUAAAUGCAAUGAAUGUGGAAAGGCCUUCACCCACCGCUCCACUUUUGUUUUGCAUAACAGGAGCCACACUGGAGAAAAACCCUUUGUGUGCAAAGAAUGUGGAAAAGCAUUCCGAGAUAGGCCAGGUUUCAUUCGACACUACAUCAUCCACAGUGGUGAGAAUCCGUAUGAGUGCUUUGAAUGUGGCAAGGUCUUUAAACACAGGUCAUACCUCAUGUGGCACCAGCAGACUCACACUGGGGAGAAGCCCUACGAAUGCAGUGAAUGUGGGAAAGCCUUCUGUGAGAGCGCAGCCCUCAUUCACCACUACGUCAUCCACACUGGGGAGAAGCCCUUUGAAUGCCUCGAGUGCGGGAAGGCCUUCAACCACAGGUCAUACCUCAAGAGGCACCAGAGGAUUCACACUGGGGAGAAGCCCUACGUGUGCACUGAAUGUGGAAAGGCCUUCACCCACUGCUCCACUUUUAUCUUGCAUAAACGGGCCCACACUGGAGAGAAACCUUUUGAGUGCAAAGAAUGUGGGAAAGCAUUUAGCAAUCGGGCAGACCUCAUUCGGCACUUCAGCAUCCACACUGGAGAGAAGCCCUACGAGUGCAUGGAGUGUGGGAAGGCCUUCAACCGCAGGUCAGGCCUCACGAGGCACCAGCGGAUUCACAGUGGAGAGAAGCCCUAUGAAUGCCUCGAGUGUGGGAAAACCUUCUGCUGGAGCACAAACCUCAUUCGACACUCCAUCAUCCACACUGGAGAGAAGCCCUAUGAGUGCAGUGAGUGUGGAAAGGCUUUCAGUCGCAGCUCAUCCCUCACUCAGCAUCAGAGGGUUCAUACUGAGAAACCCUGUCAGUGUGACAGAUGUGGGAAGAACCUUCACAAGUGGGCAAUCCUCAGUCAAUCUUCAAGAACUCCUAUUGGGGAAAGACUUUCUGCAUGUAACGACUGAGGAAAAUCUUUUGCCAGAGGAAACAUCUUACUCAGAAUCUGAUCAUUCAUACCAAAGAGAAACCCCACAAUUUUCUUCCCUGUGAGAAUACCUAUUGCAGGAUAUCAGUUGUCAUCUAAAGAGUCAUAUUGGAAAUUGACCCAACCUAGAGCCUUAUUCUACAUCUGAGAAUUCAUCAAGGAGAGAGACCCAGUGGUUAUUAUGCACUUAGGAAAACCUUCAGCUACAUCUUUCUUCUUAGUUUACACUUCAGUGUUAUCUCAGGAAUUUUUUUAAAAAAGAAGAGAGGGACUUAAAAUAGAAAAUGAACUACAAAAUGUUUCUUUCAGACUUCCUUGCCAAGCUAUGGCACUUUGUCAUUGAUUCCUUAGUUAAUUGGCAGGAGGAUAGUUUUGUUUCCAUGGUAAAGAACCUAGACUCUAUGUGUCUUGUAUAUACAUUCAUUGCUAUCCAGUUUAAAGAGAGUUAGACAGGUCUGAAAACUUUCAUUGAACAUCUCCUUUGGUCUGAAACAUUGUCUGUUCUUAAGGACCUUAAUUUUUUGAUUUGAGCCAUCAAAUACCUUUAUAUUUAAGGAGAUAGGAAUACACAUAUGAAUGGGCACGUUCUGUUGCACCAUUUUAGACUAUUUAGGCUUUGAUUCUUUAAAGACAAACCUUUUCUUCAUGUGGUUUUAAAGACCUAAUACUCAGACUUUUUCUUGGUCCUGUACUAUUAUUGGUUUACUAAUUGCUCUAGUUAUGUGGUAAAUCUUUUAAUCAGGUAAAGUGAGUCCUCUGUCUUCAGUCUUCUUAUUUAAAACUUAUUAACACUCCUCGUUACUUUGAAUUUCCAUGUAAAGUUUUGGAUAAGCUUCUGUUUUUACCAGAAAAGAACUGUAUUGAAUUUUGAUAGAAAUUGAGUUAAAUUGGCAGAUUUAUUUGUUGAGAGUUGGCAUCUUUGCUGUUUUGAGUCUUCCAAUCCAUGAAAACAUUAUGUCUGUACAUUUAUUUGAUAUGGCUUGAUUUACUUCAUUACUAUUUUAUAAGUCUCAGUAAUAGGUCCUGUACAAUUUUUAUAAGAUUUAUAUAUAGGUAUUGUUUUUUUUUGAGUAAUUAUAAAUGGCAUUGAUUUUUAAACUUUCAAUUUCCACACGGUCUUUGGUAGUAUACAGAAAUAUGUAUAUUUUUCAUGUUAUUUUGGUAUCCUGCAACCUUGCUGUUUCUUUUGAUAGAAUGCUUGGGAUUUUCUACAUAGAAGUAUCAUCUGCAAUUAGAGACAGUUUUACUUCUUCCCAUCUGUAUACCUGUUAUUUCCUUUUCUUGUCCUACUACACUAGCUAAGAUUUCCAAUAUGACAUUAAAUACUAGUAGUGAGAAAACAUGUUCUUGCCUGGGUCCUGUUAUUAGGGGAAAAACAUUCAGAUUUUCUUCAUUAACUAUGGUGUUAGUUGUAAAGUUUUCUUCAUAGAGUUUUCUUUAUCAAGUUUAGAAAGUUUCCCAUAUUCCUAAUUUACUGAGUUUUUUUGUUAUUGUGAAUGAGUGUUGAACUUUGUCAAAUGCUUUUUUUGUUAUCAGUUGAUAGAAUCCUGUGUUUUUUCUUCUGUAGCCUGUUGAUAUGAUGUAUUACAUUCAUUUGAGAUUUGAAUGUUGAACCAGCCUUGUAUCCUUGCAAUAAGCCCCACUUGGUCAUGGAGUAUAAUUAUUUUUAUAUAUUAUAUUACAGUAUUAAAUAUGCUAGUAUUUUGUUGAGGAAGUUUUCCUCUAAUUUCAUGAGUGACAAUGAUAGGUAGUUUUCUUUCUAUAUAUAUAUAUUUUUCUAUUGUCAUUGUCUGGUUUUGGUGUCUAGGUGAUUCUGGCCUCCUAACAUGUGUUAACAGGUGUUCUAUUAUUCGGAAGACAGUGUGUUGUAUAGAAUUGGUUUUAUUUGUUCUUUUAAUGUUUGGUGGCAUUCUCCAGUGAACCAUUUAGUCCUGGAGAUUUUUCUUUUGGAUGCUUUUUAAUUAUGUAUUUAUUUUAUUUAAUAUGUAUAGAACUAUUCAGAGUAUCUAUUUCAUAUUGGAUAAGUUUUUAUAGUUUAUCUUUUUCUAGGAAUUUUCCCAUUUCAUCUAAAUUUCUUAUUUGUUUAAAGUAUUCCUUUAUUAUCCUUUUGACAGCAGCAGAAUCUGUACUUAUAGCCUUUGUUUUAUUCCUAUUAUUGGAAAUGUGUUAACUCUCUUUUAUCUUUGUCAGUCUUCUUAGACAUUUAUCAAUUUUUUUAUUUCAAGGAACCAGCACUUUAUAUAAUUUUUUCCUCUAUCUUUUCCUAAUUUCACUGAAUUUUUUUUUCUGGUCUUUUUUAUAUCCUUUCUUCUACUUGCUUUGAUAGUAUUUUCCUUUGCAGUUUCUUGAGGUGGGUGCUUAGGUUAUUGAUUUGAGGGUUUUUUUUUCCACUUUACUAAUGUAAGCAUUAAGUUCUAUAAAUUUCCCUCACAGUACUGUUUUAGCUUCUUGUCUUACAUUCUAAUUACAUUUCAUUCAGUUCUAAAUAUUUCUUUAUUCGAGACUGUCUAACCCAUGGAUUAUUUAGAAGUAUGUUGUUCAAUUUCCCAGUGUUUGGAGUAUUUUGUGCUUUCUUUUAAUUUCUUUUACAUUUGAUUUGGCUAUUUAACUUUUUUGAGGUUUGUUUUAUGACCCAGGAUAUUUGAUGAAUGUUCAGUAAGGCUGCUUGAAAAGAGUGUGUAUCCUACUGUCAUUGGGUGGAGUUUGUAUAUGUAUGUACCAGAUACUGUUCGUUGAUGGUGUUUUUCAGAUUUUCUAUAUCUGCUGAUUUCCUGCCUCAUAUUUUUAUCAACAGCUGAGAAAGGGGUGUUGAAGUCCUGCAGUUUAAUUCUAGAAUUGUCUCUUCCUCCUUUAAGUUCUGUCAAUGUUCACUUCAUGUAUUUCAAAGCUCUGUUGUUUGGUGCAUACACAUUUAGGAUUGCUAUGUCAUCUUGGUGUAAUAACCCUUUUAUCAUUAUGCUUUCUUUUUGCUCCUCUAAAAUUUUUUGCUUUGAAGUAUACUUUAUCUGAUAUUAAUAUAGCCACUAUUGAGUUUUUUGGUUAAUGUUUGCAUGGUUUGUAUUUUUCUGUAAUUUUAUUUUUAACCUUAUCUAUAUUGUUACAUUUGAAAUAAUGUAAUAUGUGAAUAUUGUGAAUAGCAUAUACUUGGCUCAUUUUCUUAUAUCCAUCUUACUGAUUUCUAUUUUAAAAUUGGUAUAUUUAGGCCAUUUAAAUUUAAAAUAAUUAUUGAUAUUUUUAGGGCUUACAACUACCAUUUUAUGAUGUUUUUGUUGCUCUGUUGUUGUUUGGUUUUGAGGGGGUACUUUUUGUUGUUUGUUUUGCCUUCUUAUGGGUUCCUUUAAUGUUAGGAGCUCCACUUGAUAUAUCUGUGAUGUUUUUGAGUAUAUCUCUUGUAUUUUAGUGGUUACUCUAGGUAUUGUACAUACAUAACUUAUCACAGCCUACGGUAUCAACACUUUAGCACUUUGACACAUAGAAACCGUACUUCCAUUGGGUACCUUUACAUUCCCCAUUCUUUUAAUAUAAUUGUCUUAAGUAUUUCCUUUUCAUAUACUGAACACCAUAUUGGAUGAUGUUCUUUUUGCUUCAACUGUCAAACAAUUUUUACAAAACUCAGAAGAAGCACAGUCUGUUUACUUCUACUUUUACUCAUUACAUUGUUCUUUAUUCCUUCUUGAAAUCUCAAGUUUCUUCCAUUAACAGUUUCUUUUUAAAUUUUUUGCCCCAUGAACAUCUAUAGCCUGUCUUUUGUUGCAGAUUUUCUGGUAACAAAUGUUUUUGUUUUCCUUCAUCUAAAAAUGUCUUUAUGUUUCCUUCAUUCCCAAAGGAUAUUUUUGUGGGAUAUAGGAUUCAGGGUCAGCAGUUCUUUUCUUUUAGUACUUGAAAGGCAAGUAAGUCAUUUCCUUCUGUCUUCCAGAUGGGAAAUCUGAUCUGUUUCAGUUGAGAAAUCUGCCGCCAUUUGACUCAUUAUUUCCCUAUCUGUAAUGUAUCCUUUAUGUCAAGUGCUUUGAAAGUGUUUUUUCCUUGUAUAUAGAGUUCAGAAGUUUGAUUAUGAUGUAACCUGCCAUAAAAUUUGGGGGGCUUAUCCUGUUUGGUGUUUGCUCAGCUUUUCAAAUUUUGUGGUGUAUGCCAUUUGGCAAAUUUGGGAAAUUUUUAGUUAUUCUUCAAAUAGUUUUUUCAGCCCUUUGUUCUCUUGUUCUUGUUCCAUAGGAUUCUCAGGCUCCCAUCUUUUUGUUCCCCCCAGUCUGUUUUUCUCUGUUGCUCACGUUGAUUAAUUUCCAUUGAUUUCUCUUUGAGCUCACUGAUUCCUUCUCUCUCAUAUAUAAUCUACUAUUGAGCUCAUCCAGUGAAUUUUCGUUUUGGUUUUUGAAUUUUUCAAUUGUCUGAUUUCCGUUUGGUUCUUUUGCCUAGUUUAUGAUGCCAAAGAAGGACUCUGAGAAAACAAGCAAAACUGUGUAGUCCAAAGUCAGUGGUUCUCUGGUGGUUUAUCUUGAUACUGGAAUAGAAAUCCAAAAGUAUCUGGAGGAAUGGAAGACCUGCCGUCUUCUGUGUUGUUAUCCACAAAUAUUUCUCAAGAAAAUAAAACUGGGCAACCUGCAGAUUGUUCAGAGUUGUGUUCUCCAGGGAGGAUUUGUGUGUAAAAUUUCCGAGCUCUCUAAGGCUUGUUAUAGCCUCAAAGGAGAAUGGGCUACUCCUCUUCCAGGUUCAGUCUUCCUCUUUGUUGUUGAACACAUUCUCCCAUAUUCCCCAACUUGUAUAGGGCCUGUGUCUUUCUUUUGUGCCUCUACUUCUUGGUCUUUAACUUCUCCUUCUGAAUCCCCUUCUGUCCUCACAAUCUAUACCUGUGUUCCUCACCCCCAGGCACUUUCUGCCCUACAUGCGCAUUGAGCUCUGCCCUUCUCUUUUCUCUCACAGAUACACCCUGUGUGACUGUUCUGUCCACUGCCUGUCCUCACCCCCUCAUGUCCCUUUCGCUCCACUGACAACUAAAGAAUGACCUCCACCACGGUUGCCUGACUUAAGCAGGUCUCACAAAGUUCCCUUUUGUCCUCUCUCCUCCUCCCGCCCUCCCACCACUGUUGGACUGCUGCCCACCUCUCUGACUUGAAGGUCCUUUCCUGGAUUCUGUGAGUUCUUACCCUUCUUCAGAGAGUCUGUGUCUUCAGCCCAUGUAUUAAACAGUGUGCUUCCCAGGGUCCAUCCAAGGCCAUUGCUGUCUCACUUGUGAUGUGUUCCAUGAGUGAGUUAAUUCCCACUCAAUGCAUUUUAUACUCAGUGAUCUACAGAGUUCCCCCAAAUCUGUGUCUCCAGGUUGAAUGUUUCUCAUGUCUGUUACCCUUUGUUCAUACUUCCACACCGUCUGUGUAUUCAUAUACACUGAGUUAAUGCAUGUGUCAUUUGGCCAAGACCAUCACCAUGAGGAUGCACCCAUAAUAAUUCUAAGAGCAAGCAAACAUGUGGUAUUACUGUAUAUCAGCCAUUGUUUUGAAUGUUUUAACACAUCAACUCUUAACCUUUGCAACAAGUCUAUGUGGUAGGUAAUAUUAUCCUCAUUUUACAAAUCAGAAAACUGAGGAACAGAAAGAUUAAGGAGUUUGCCCAAAAUUGUACCGUUGUUACAAAGUAUGAGAUUAGGGAUUGGAGCCCAUUUAGGCUGGCUGCAGAGUCCAUGCCCUUAUCACUUUCCUAGAUUCCUUCUUGUAGUAUGAAUCUUUGUUUUCCUGGUCACUAUUCAUUUUUACUAAAACGGAUCAAAUAAUACUCAUUUGAUCUUUCUCAUUUUAUAGUACAUCUUGGCCAUCCUUUCAGUUUGAGUGAGAAACCAAACUCAGUCUUCAAUGGUUGCAUCAUCUCUUGUAACUUUGUAGGAAAUACAGAUAAUCUCUGAGUUUGAGGAAGCAGGGAAGUAGAAAAGGGCUAAGGUUGGCAUUUGGUUUUAGACAUUGUGUUUGAGGUGCCUGAAAAAACAGUCUCAGUGAAUUCCACUAUCUUCUGUCUUGUUGACCAAGCCAGACACCUCACAGCCAUUUUUCUUUCAUCAUCCUCACAUCCAGCCACUGUCUGAUUCUGUUCAUUUUACGUUUUUAUUUUCCUCAGUAGACAGUAUAUGUGUUUGUUAGUGAAUGGCCACACACAGUAGUGUAUUUUUAUGUUUGCCUCCCUCACAGUGUUUACACAAAACUGUGUGUAUAGUUGGCACGGUAUAUGACAUAUGUUGACCACAAAGAGAAACUAUAUGGGCUUUUAUGGACAGAUCUAUAAGACUUUAAAAGUCAUAAUGAAUGACUGUGUUGAAAGUCCUCGAGACUACCCAGGUUUAUGACUUACUAGCAAGCAUCAAAGGACUCAGCAUAUUAUACUCAACAUCGAUGGUUUAUGACAGCACAAGAAUACAAAGCAAUCUCAGUCAAGGGAAAAGAUACAAGGACUGGAGUCCACAGGAAGCCAGGGACAAGCCUUAGGAAAUCUGAGUGCUUAAUUUAAGUUCUGUCAAUGAAUUAUGACUGCAUGUGUGAAAUGUCUACUAGGGAAACUUAUUAGAACCUCAGUGCCUAUGAUUUUUAUUGGGCACUCUGUCUAGAGCAUAACAAAAUUCUAGACCUCCAGAAGCAUAGCAGGUUAGCAGCAUAAGCCACCGUGUUUACACAAACAAUAGGUGCACUGAGCCAUUCAUCAUUUCUGAGAAUGAUAGGAAGCCUCCCGAAAUCUAAGUCCCCAAACUUUAGCCAAGGGCAAACUUUGAAGCUCAAAGGAUAGCAUGCUAUAUUAACUCUUCUUCACAGUGACUUAAAUGAUACCUAAAUGUUGAGGAAGUUCAAAUUUCUUUAACAAAUAUUAAAUACAGUUUGCUACAACAAGAAAUAAGUCAUAGCUUUGAGGUGAAGGCUUAUAUACAUGUAAAUCACUGUAACGAAAACAAUCAGUUAUGUCAGAGUGGAAAUUCUUACAUAGUGGUCAAGAUUUAAUUUAGUGAUGACAAAAUAUAGAGAAUGUCUGGUGAGAAAGAAUCUUGCCUCUCAAUAAAUCUGUGUCUAUUUAGAUAAUGUCGUCAGUGGUUUGACUUGCAAAUAUUCCCUUUAUUUGUACAAAGAUGUAAAGACCAGGUCAAUGCUGUGUAUUUCCAUUGCACAUAUGUCAACAGUUUCUCAUUUACUUUUUGUUCCCACUGUUGAAACUUGUAGCCUUUGACUUCAACAAAGAGAAAAUUAAAGAACAUGGGGUCAUAAUAAUUCCUACAUCAUUAAAUGUGCAUAACUGGAGAUUAAAGGGUGUGUUGUUGCAGGCUUAGUUAAGUUCAUGGACCUGUCUGUGAGUUUUACUGAGAUGGUAUGGGAGCAUUUGGUCCAGCCGGGAGGGCCCUCUACAGAGACGUGAUGCUGGAGAUCUGUAGGAAUCUGAUCUCUGGGAGUAUUUGCCUCGCCCCUUUGUACUCAUACUCUGGCCCGCAGACUGCCUUUCCUGUCUUAGUUAUCGGAUGCUGAGGUGCCUCUGGAAUGCUCAAAGACGUCAUCCUUGAGUUUUGAGGGUUAAAGAUUUGUAAUCUGUUCACAGGUAUGUUACACACCUGACAAUUGAAUGGUCUAAGCUAAAUUGUAAAUGGGCACUAUUUUCCCUUCCUUGGAGCAGUGUCAACAGCAUGGACCCUCUAGUCAGACCACCUGGUUACACUUCCUGGCCUUGUUCUAACCAGCUGGAUGACUUGAAGGAAAUUUCUGUCUGCUGUGAUUUUUUUUUUUCACACACACACACUGUAUUUUAUUUUUACAAGAGAUAAAUAGACUGACAUCAAGCAUUGUACAUGGAUGACCACAACAAAAGCAACAAUGAUUGCAGUUACCAAACAUGAAACACACUCAUACUAUGUCAUAAUAUUGACAUUCAGUCCAGUAAUCCUCCACUGUAGCAGCUCCUUUACUUUGCAGUGAAAAUUGAUUUGUAUAUUCUUUGCCUCUGAGUCCUUGUGGGAUUUUUUUUUUUAAUUCAAACAAAAAGUCACAAAAAUUAUACUCAUCCUCAUCAGUUCACUCAGUCCCAUGUAAUUAAUUUUUUUUCCUCUUGAUCUUUUGUUAGCAUUUUUAUGAGUUCAUCAGUUUUUCAUUAGAGUUCUGAAAAUGCUUAUUCAUUCAGUUCCUGCUGUGAUUUUUAAUUUGGAGAUCCGUGUAUUAAGCAUAUAUUUUUUUUUGUUGUUGUGCCCCACGCCCCUUUUUAGUCUUUUUUUUCCUCUUCUUUUUUUAAAUAAAUUUAUUUAUUUAU